GCUGAUUGUGCAAUAUAUGUACAUAAAUUUAAUCUAAGUUGCUUUUUGCAUUUCACCGCUUAAAAUUAUAAAAAUAGCUUUACAUAAUGCCCCCCCAAUAGAAAGUGCAUAUUUAAUGAGGAAAUGCCAAUACAAGUUCUUAAAAAGAUUCCAAACCAGUGAAGUGCAAUGUUUAAAAUGUAUGGCUGAAUUUUCCACUGCUAAUGGAGGCAAACAUGAUGUGCUACGCCAUUUACAAACACGAAAACAUCGUAAUGCUGAUAUUGCAGCUUCAACCAGCAAAAGUGUACUGAACUUUGUGCGGACUCGUACAAUGGAUGCUCAAGGAAAAAAACAAGUAUAAAUGAAGGGACCUGGGCAUUCCAUACUGUGAAACAUAAUUUUUCUUUUCGAUCAAAUGACUGCACAUCGAAACUAAUAAAAAGGUGCUUCGAUGAAAAUUAUUCAUCAGGUCGCACAAAGUAUGAAGCUAUUAUCUGUAAUGUAUUAGCACCAAAUGCAAUGCAACUAGUCGUAGCAGAUUUGAAUGCUGUUAGUUUUGUUACUGUUUUUUCUGAUUGCUCGAAUCAUGGUAGUAUCAAAGUAUGCCCAGUACUAGUUAGAUAUUUUUUACCGAAAAAAGGUGUGCAAUUAAAAAUAUUAGAAGUAAGUAACCUGCGCGGUGAAUCAUCAGAUAUACUCAAAAAAUAUAUUUUUGAUCUCAUGACAAAGUUUGAGUUAAGUCAGAAAUUACUCGCUUUUUGUGCGGUCAAUACUAAUUGUAACUUCGGGGGAUCCGCGAGACGCGGAAAAAAUAAAUUGGCUGCGUCUACCGGAAGUACACUUAUUGGCGUAAAUUGUGCUGCUCACAUUGUGAAUAAUUGUGUACAAGCAUCGAUAGAUUGUCUUCCAAUGGACAUUGAAGUCAUUGUCGUAAAAAUAUUUUCAUGCUUUUACAUUUAUACGGUUAGAGUAGAGCAAUUAAAGAAAAUUUGUGAUACUGUUGAUGUUGAAUAUAAAAGAUUGCUGGGAUUUAGUAAAACAAGAUGGCUUACUUUAAAGCCAGCAAUUGAACGAAUUUUAAAACUUUUCAAACCAUUAAAGAAAUACUUUUUAGAACAACCUCAUUGCCCAAACAUUUUAGAAGCAUUCUUUGAAAAUUCCACCUCCGAAAUGUGGCUUUUUUGUACACAUUGCCAAGCAUCUCUUUUCCAUAAUUACAUUACGCAAAUUGAAUCAAAUAAUAUUUGUAUGGUGGAGGUUGCAUUACUAAUAAAAGAACUCAAGCUAAAACUCGCAGAACGCAGAGAUGAAAUUUUUUUACCACUCACGAUGAAGAAAAUAAUUUCAGAGUUUCAGAAAACAGGAUCUGAAAAUAUAAGUGAAAUUAGAGAUAAUGUCCAACAUUUUUAUAUUAAUUGCGUAGAAUAUUUAAAUCAAUGGGAUCAUGCAUUUAAAGAGGUGGAAGUGAUGGAAUGGGUUCUUCUGCGUACGAUGCCAUCUUAGCAUAAUGUUGAAAGAAACUUGAUUUAUAUUUGAGACAAGAGAAGCCAUAUUAAAAUUAAUGACAGCGAAUUAUUUGAUGAGUUCCCAUGUGUUAAAACCAAUAUUACUCCUAACAAAUUGAAGUAAUGGGCGGACGCUGGAAAGCUAGUCGACAGUAAAUGGACUGAAAUAUUCCAGCAUUUUAUAGAAAAUACUAUACCGUAUGAAAAUACUUUAAAAAUUGUAGAAUUUAGUUUGUGUUUACCGAGUUCCAAUGCCCCCACCGAAGGGGUAUUUUCCAUAUUAAACAAUAUAUGGACUGAUGAAAAAUCACAAAUGAAAAUUGAGACUGUUAAAUCAAUUUUAACAACAAGAUGCCAUUAUGAACUUAAUUACUUAGAGUUUAAGGAAUAUUUACAA